AACGUAUGCUCAUUUUUGCCUGAGUCGAGUAAGGAAACAGGUGUAAAGUACCUUUCUCAAGGGUACAACGUCAGGGUCUGCUAUGUGUUCGAAAAAGGACAUUUAGAUUCUAAUCCAACAACCCUAACCACAAGACGACCUUGCUUCAAGGUCAACAACCAAGAUGGCCGUAGACUUCACCGGAAACUGGAAGCAUGUCGAGUCGGAGAACUUUGAGGCGUGUCUGGAGGCUCUAGGUGUAAACUUUGCCAUACGCAAGAUCGCAAAGAACACCAACCCUCGUUUAGAAAUCCAACAGGAUUUAAACAACUUCAAGAUCAAGACCGUUUCUAUCAAGACUACGGAGGUCAAGUUCAAGAUAGGGGAGGAGUUCGAGGACGACCUGCCGAUGGGCAAAGUCAAGAUCAUGCCGACCUGGGACGGGGAAAAGUUACAUUUUGACAUCGACUCACCGGUGGGGAAACUGGUCAACGAACGGGAGAUCCGCUCCGACGGUAGACUGUAUCUGGUGAUGAAGGCCCCAGAUGGGACCACCUGCACCAGGAUCUUCACCAAGGAGUAACCAUGGAAACUUGUUACCGUAGCUACCCGUCACCAGGGCAACGAGUGUAAACACUGUCAGC